AUGUCUGGUCAGUUAUGCCAUCCACUUCCGACUUACUUGUUCCUUCCUUACUUACAUUCAUCCUUCAGACACCUCAACCACAUAACAAUAUAUCCAUUCAACGUGCCUGGCACCUGUCAUGUUUAUCAUUCAUCACAUGACUUGUAUGUUCUUCCUGUCUCUUCUCUUUACUUUUUUGCUCCUUCCGUCUACUUACAUUUAUCCUUCAGGCAAAUAAAAGAAGAAAGGAAAAAAGAAAAAGAAAAAGAAAAACAUUCCAUCCAUCCAACCAUCCAACACUUCAAUCAACCAACCAUUCAUCUGAUCGUGGCGGGCUUCACGGCUUCAGGACAAUCGACAGACUGGUCAACCACCUGCGUUAAUGAUCCAUGUCAAUCACCCACCCGAACCAAUCAAUUCCAGUCUGACCGUGGCGGCCUUCGGGUUCAGGACAAUCGGCAGGCUGGUUACAACCACUUCGAUCAUCCACUUCCAUCACCCACUUCCAUCACCCACUUCCAGUCUGACCGUGGCGGGCUUCACGGCUUCAGGACAAUCGGCAGGCUGGUCAACCAACCUUCAAUCAAUUAUCCACUUCCAUCAUCCACUUCCAUCAACCCCCGAAACAACCACUUCCAGUCUGACCGUGGCGAGCUUCACAGCUUCAGGACAAUCGGCAGGCUGGUCACAUUUCAAAUAACCACCCCUCGAAUUGGUCAAAACUACUUGAACCAUCCACUUCAAUCAACCAUCCAAUCCCACCAAACAUCCACUUCAAACAUCCACACUUGA